AUGACGGAAAGACGCCUGACCAAUCCUUCAUCCUUCACAAGAACCACAUCCUCUAUAUCAACUGUCCACAGCGCAUCCUCAUCUACUAUCUUCCAAUACCCAGGUUUUCAUGAGGAAACACCGACGUUCAAGGUGUUGAUCGUCGGUGCAGGGAUUGGAGGGUUGAUGUUGGGUCUCUGCCUUGAGCGUGCCGGGAUCGAUUAUGUGAUCCUGGAGAGGAUGCAUGAUCUUUUGGACGCACCCAGGUCAACAGUCAAGUUAGCAGCCAAUACAUUGGGGGUGGUUGAACAGCUUGGGUUACUGGACGAGGUCAUGAAGAUUGCAAUGCCCAUUUCGGGCCUUACGUUGCGCAAGCACAAUAUGUCUGCCGUUGGCAAGAUUGACUUUUCGUUCCAUAAAGAGAGACAUGGCCAUUACUCCUUUAUCGUACAGAGAACAGAGCUUUGUCAGCUCCUCAUCUCGAGGAUGCGUAAUGAUCGGAUCCAAUGGGGUCGAAAGGUCCUCGAGAUUGUCAGCGGCAAUGCCGGUGUCCAAUGUCGUUGUGCCAAUGGACAUGUCGUCCAGGGCGAUGUCCUCGUCGGAGCAGAUGGUGCUCAUUCUGCUGUCCGUCAAAAUCUCUUCAAAACUCUAAAGUCCAAAUCGCUUUUGCCUAAACAGGACAUGGAAAGUCUAAAGUUUUCGCAGAAUGCUCUUAACGGUUUGACCAAUCCUUUGGAUCCGGCUCGCUUCCCCGAUGUCGCCAAGACCUUUUGUGAAGUCCAUAUCAUCAUCGGAAAGGACUCUCCCUCUCCACACACUGUAAGUACCUUACACUGUUUUAACUCCAAUCUCUCUCGCGCUCUCUGGCUCUCUCUGGCUCUCUCUCGCUCUCUCUCGCUCUCUCUCUCUCUCUCUCUUUGCAUUGUAUAUUGA